UCGCGGAGAUGGUUUUCACUUUGCAAGUUGACCACUUACCGGGGCCGCUCGAACUUAGGGCAUGCAAGAUAGCUAAUAUAGAAAUAACGGCAAAAGCAGGUUUCACAAAGUUCAAUCAGCAUCAUUUGACGCCGUCCCCCACGGUGAUAUGCCUGAUUGAGCCAGUUGCAUCGCCCUCUACAAAACCCGACUUUUUGCGGUGAACCUUUGUCCUUCUCAUGCAUUUCUUCACGAUCGCAUCUGUAAGAAAGGGAAUAAUACUUUUUGACAGUACUGAACAUGUCGCAAUUCAAUGCUGCCCAGUUGUUGUCGGUCGAAGGACUGGUUGUCGUCUUAACCGGUGGUGGCACAGAAUUGGGCCGUUCAACAGCCCUUGCAUUGGCCGAAAAUGGUGCCGCAAAAGUCUUCAUCCUUGGCCGUCGAGAAGACGUUUUGCAAGAGACCGUGUCUCUUGGCAAAAAAGACACCAUUAUUCCAGUCCAGGCGGAUAUAACAUCAAAAGAGUCUUUGCAGGCAGCCUAUGAGACUGUCGCAGCACAGACAGAUUAUGUCGACCUACUCAUCGCCAACAGCGGCUAUGGAGGCCUGCCAAUGGCACCGCCAAAGCCAAAGCCGGACGGGUCAAUCCCAAGUCUUGCUGAGUUCCGAGAUCAUCUGUGGUCCUCCCCAGAAGAAGAUUUCGGAAAGCUCAUGGAUAUCAACGUGAAAGGGACGUUUUUCACGGUUGUUGCAUUUUUGUCUCUGCUCAACGCAGCAAAUGAGAGAAGACCGGCUCCCGCAAUGGACGAACUCCCAACACCAAAGGCACAGGUUAUCAUAGUUGGUUCGGUAGCCGGUCAUUUUCGAGUCGUGCCUUAUAGCAUCGCAUAUAAUAUCUCCAAGGGUGCGGUGCAUCACCUAAUCAAGACACUGUCCAACAUUCUCACACCGUACGAUAUCCGUGUGAAUGGUAUAGCACCGGGAUUGUUUCCUUCUGAGAUGACGAAGACAGCGUUUGGAAUCACCAAGUCAUCAGCCAUGGAUGGUGCUUUUCCCAAGAGUGAACUGCCACCCGGUCGCGCUGGUCGCCAUGAAGAGUUUGCAGGCUUGGUCCUUUGGAUGGCUAGUCCCUCUGGGGCAUAUGCCAAUGGCAAUAUCACAAUCAUCGAUGGGGGUUGGCUGAGCACGUUGCCAAGUUGUUAGGUACCCGACACCGAAGACUGACACUGAAACAGAACACGAUGGCACGUAUAUACAUAUACUCUCAUUGAGCUAGAAAGUAACUUUCAUGCAUAACCCAUUACAAGAUGCUAUAUGCUCUGAAAGAAAUUGUCAAAUACGAUGCCUAGACCCGCUGAGCAUAAUAUUAAUUCAAUAAACGCGACCUGCAGCCACAAGAAGUAUGCCAUGUGCCGUGCAGCGUUUUGAAACGAAGCUUUUAUAUGGUUGCUGUAAGUCGUUGCACCAGAUAAUCGCCCGUGGUUAUUCCAGGAUACUUUGCAGGACGUGUCUCCUCUUCGAAGGUUCCAGGAAUAGCCUCAAUAAAUUGGUUCAUGUUGGGGUUGCAG